AUGGAAACUAUGCAAAUUGACUCAACUCCACAACACACCAAGGCUAUCACACAAUCUCCACAUUCAUCAUCAUCACUCGUCGACACUUGCACUCCAAUCAAGAAGAGAAAGAAUUAUUCCAAUAGAAUGUCAACUUCAUUAUCAUCUGUAGAACAAGGCUCCGCUCCAUGUGACCAGCCUUCAUCAGCUACUGACUCUAACAUUUCCUCACUCUCAUCAGGUCACAACAAUGAAGUGGAUCAUGAUGAUUCAUUCAUGCAUCAAAUCUCUUCUCCUAUUCCUCAUUUUCAAGUUGGUUCAUUGAUUAGAGGAGGUCUGAGAAGAGAUUUCGAGGAAGAUCAUCUCCUUUUGGAACAAGUUGAAGGUGCUUUAGAUUCUCCAAUGAAAACAACUCUUUCAUCUCCAAUGAAUCAAAGUAACACUCCUCCAAGAAGAAAGAGAAGCUUGGAUAAAUUAGAUGAAAUUCCAGAAUGGAGAAAGAAGGAAGAAGCAAACACCAACAGUGAAUUCUCAGCCUUUUCAAGUGGAAGUUCAACAGCCACUCCAAAGAAGACAAGAUCUAGGAAUGGAUCCUUUACCACUCCUCAACAUGGUCGUAGCUCUUGGUUCAGAAAUGUCACACCAAACAAGCCUAGUCCUGCAUCCUCUGAUUGUGCUUCAACUGAUUCCACUCCAACUCAAGCCUCAACUGAUAGAGCUAAUUCAAGUCCAUUCAAAUCAGAUUUGAAGAAUAGUAAUUUUACAUUUCAAAAGUUUGCCCCUCAUGCUUUGCACGUUCACUGUUCCUUAAUGAAAGCAAAGGCUCCAACUGUUUACAUGCAAAACGAAUCCAAAGUUGACACUGAUGGCAGAAUCAAUUACACCUUCGAAUGUGGUCUCUCCUGUGUCAGCAGAGAGAAUACGAUUAUGAGUGCAUCUGGUAAGCAUCAUAACAAGACUCACGCCAAAUCCAUUGCUGCAAGAAGACUCCUCUCAGACUUGUAUCCAGAGUUUAAGGGUAAUUUGGAGCAAAUCAUCAGGUUUUUGGAUAAGGAACUUCAAGAAAAGAAGCUUAAUUUGAGAAGAAUCCUUCCAAACGAUGUUGAAAUGAAUAAGCAACAGCAACAAAUCAAGAUGGCUAAUGAACGUCUCUUGAAAGAAGGUUUCAAUUCUAUGGACACUGCUUCUGAUUCUAGCUCUCAACAACUACCAACUCAAGAUUCUAACAAACCAGCCAGCAAUCAACCAAAUCAAUACAAUUUCUUCCAUGUUCCUUUCGAGGAAGCUAUUAAGGUUUUGAAUGAAUUGAUUCACAUUAGAGGAUACAAUUAUCCAACUUGUCAACAGAGAGAAAUUGAAGAGAAUGGAGGCACUGUUCAACAAGUUACAAUGAUUUUAGAAAUGCCAAACGACAAGGGGGUUUACUACUCUGAAGGUAAGGCAUAUGAUCUCAAGGUUGCCAAAGGAGAAUGUUCAUGGAAGAUGCUCUGCUACUUGUUCCCUAGCUUUAAUUCUAACUGGUAUUUGAUUAGAGAUUUCGUCGAAGAUUUGAGAACCAAGAGAAAGAUGGAGAAACUCAAGAAGAGAGAAGAAACCUUGGUGAGAAGAAAGUUGGAAUUUAGCAAUCAAGAACAAUCUGAAGAUUCCAGACAAAUGGCUGAACACUCCCAACAUGAAUAUGGAAAGAAGGGAGAAGAAGUACUUUCCAAGCAAGUUCCUCCUCCACCUCCUAUGCCUCCUCGUGAUAUGAAUAAUGGAUCUCCAAGUUGGUUCUAUUCCAAUAUGCACAAUAUCAGUCCACCAAUGAACAUGUAUCAUCAUAAUCAAUUCUUGCAAUAUAAUCCUCCAAUCAAUAGUCAUUCAAUGAUGUUCUCCAAUCAAAUGCAUCAUCAACAUCCUUACUGGUAUCACCCAUAUCAAAACAAUCAUGGCCAUUGCUAUUGUAGUAGUUGUGUUGCUUCCAAUUCAAAUAUGCCACCUCCAUACUACUCACAACAACAACACUCCCUCUUUUCUCAAUCAUUUCCAAACGAACAAUCUCAACAAGGAGAAUAUCGUUCCCAAAAACAUUAA